AACCCACGUGGUUAAUCAAAACAUCAUGGCGGCUGGGUUCAAGACUGCUGAGCCUCUGGAGUACCACAGGAGCUUUCUGAAAGAAAAUUGUCGACCUGAUGGCCGGGAGCUGACCGAUUUCAGAGCCACGACACUGAACAUAGGGUCAAUUUCCACAGCAGAUGGCUCAGCCCUGGUGAAGCUGGGAAAUACCACAAUCAUAUGCGGAAUUAAAGCGGAGCUGGCAAACCCUACAGUGGAGGCACCUGGCAAAGGCUACGUUGUGCCCAACGUGGACCUGCCGCCUCUUUGUUCUUCUCGAUUUCGGCCGGGCCCGCCGGGAGAGCAGGCACAGGCCGCCAGCCAGUUCAUCGCUGAUGUCAUUGAAAGCUCUGAAGUGAUAAAAACAGAGGACUUGUGCAUCGACAGAGGAAAGCUCUGCUGGGUGCUGUACUGUGACUUGAUGUGUCUCGACUAUGAUGGGAACAUAUUGGAUGCUUGUAUUAUUGCAUUGCUGGCUGCCCUAAAGAACACACAACUCCCAGAAGUCACUAUCAACAAGGAGACCUCGACACCAGAGGUGAACUUAAAAAAGAGACGUGGGCUGCAGAUUCACAAACAUCCAGUUGGUGCCUCUUUUUGCGUCUUUGAUGAUUCCAUACUGAUCGUAGACCCCACGGCUGAGGAGGAGAGUCUGUCAACAGCACAGCUUACGGUGGUGACCGACGAGGACGAGCGGCUCUGCUGUGUGCACAAACCAGGUGGGACAUCGCUGUCAGGAGAGAGGCUACAGGAGUGUAUCAGUCGAGCAACAGCACGACAGAGAGAGAUCCAGAAACUCACUGACAGAGUUAUACACAGUGUGAAGACGGCACAAUAACGACACUUAGACCAUGCUUUUUUUUUUUUAUCUAAAAGCUGUAUUUUCCACUGUCAAUAUAUAUUCUUUUUUUUUUAAUAACAAUAAAACUGCU